AUGGACGCCGCAAGCACGCACCCACUUGGAGGUCGCCCCGGUAGCUGCACCGGAGGUGGUGUUGGCAGCGCUGGUGGUGGUGGUGGCGGUGGAGGUGGAAGAAUGCCAGGAGGAGCAGCAGGCAGUUCAAGUCCGCAACAGUUCUGCCUUCGAUGGCACAAUCAUCAGGCGAGUCUACUUAGUUCGCUACCGUUACUGCUCGACCAGUCACACCUGACCGAUGUAACGCUCAUGGCGGAGGGACAGAAAAUCAAGGCGCAUCGCGUCGUGCUGAGCGCUUGCAGUACGUUCUUCUCCGAGCUGUUCCGCACACUCGAUGGCGCACAGUACCCGGUGGUGGUGUUGCCCGGUGCGUCCUACCAUGCGGUGGCCGCACUGAUAACCUUCAUGUACUCGGGCGAGGUGAACGUGUACGAAGCGCAAAUAUCCGUCCUGCUAUCGCUGGCCGAAACGCUGGGCAUCAAAGGAUUGGCCGACUUCAACAGUAACCCCAACAAAUCGAGCACUCCCUCGACGGACGCGUCAUCGUCGAGGGAUUCGGACGUACCUUCACCAUACCAUUCAAUGAAAGUGUCCUCGCCGGUGGACAAUUUCUUCGCCCGACCGUACGCGUUCGGUUCGGACAUGUUUGAAAUGCGAAACAAUGCACAGGCACUCAAUCUGAUCACCAACCCUGGAGGGUCGAACGGCGGCUCGAACGGUGGUGCCAGUGGAGCGAACCAUCCGACCGAUGGCUACUCGGCCAACUCCAGUAACGGCAGCUCAACCGGCGCUUGCAACACAAUCGCGGGAAGUCUCGCCUCCAAGUCAUUAACCUCCAGUGAUCUUUAUGCACGGUUCGAGGCCGAACGUAACGAGCAACUGUCCGCGGAAACGCUGUGCAAGAUGACCGAACUCAAUCUGCACGCCGAAAGCGCCUUGCUCAAGGAGAAACAGCAUCACCUGCAUCGUGCUAGCACGCCGAUCCGAUCGGCUUACGCCCACCAACAGCAGCACCACCAGUCCGCUGGUGGCGAGGGUCGUUCGCUCGUCGAUUCGGCCAUGUUUGGGAACUUUGGCAAUGAGAACGCUCGGGACUGCAAACUACCGAAUGGUCCGCUGCUGUUGGGCAUGAAGCUGAAGGAGGAAGAUCUCUCCGACAGCAUCCACCAGCUGAACCAGCAAUCGUACGGUUCCGUACCGUCAACGCCGACUCCACAGACGCCGGGACUGGACGAUGCGGGCCGUGUCACGCAAGCAACCACCACGCGCAAAGCGCUCAGCACGCAGGAUACGGCCACCAACAAGCGGAAAAAGUUGGAACAAAUCACGGAAAAUCUGCUGGAAACGCUCAAACAGUCGUCCGAAGGUGGCAAGCUGCCGUUACAUCUGUUCAGCAAACCCCCCACCGUAACGCCCGUCAGCAACACGCCGAAUCCGUACCUUGCCCAUCACUUCCUCACGAACGAAAGUGCCUCCAAGACGCCGGAGAACUUCAGCCUGGAGUCGUCCCAUCCGAAUGCCGCUUGCAACACGAACACGCGCGCCUCCCCGAUCGCUACGGCCACUUCGAUCGGGACGGCCGCUUCGCCUACCACAACACCCGGUUCGCUACUCGCGCUGGCGCCCUCACCCGGCAGUGCUAACGAGAAUCUCAUCAAAACGCUUCACAUUACGCAUCCGUCGCAGGUGGUCGCCCUGCAGCAGCAAUCACCGCAGGUACCGUCCACACAGAAGCCGCCAUCGUCGAAGCUGUACGCCACGUGCGUCAUCUGCAACAAGCAGCUGAGCAACCAGUACAAUCUGCGCGUUCACUUGGAAACUCAUCAGAAUGUCCGCUACGCUUGCCAGGUGUGUUCGCAUGUGUCGCGGAGCAAGGACGCGCUGCGAAAGCAUGUGUCCUAUCGCCAUCCGGGUACGCCGAGUCCCUGCGAUCCCGACACGAAGCGGAAGCGCUCGAAGGGCACCUCGUACAGCCAGCUCGCCAAGCAGGAUGGACUUGCUGAGCAACAGGCCGCGGCACUGCUAAGCCAUCAGCAGCAGCAACAGCAGCAACAGGCCAGCAAUUUGCUUGCCAACCUAACCUCGCAGGGUCCGCUGCCAUCGUUGUUGCAGACCUUUGCGGCACACCACAAAUCGGCCGCUCUGCUUUUCAACCAGACCGCUUCAGUGGCGGCACUAGCGCAGUCGGCAACAUCCUCGACCGCAGCCACAUCAGCAACCGAACCGACUGGGUCGCCGGGCAGUGUUCCGUCCACCGGUAUCAAGCGCGAACCAACCGGCAGUGAGUCGGGAGCGCAAAAAGCCGACGGCAAGUCGAAUGAUUCGAAAACGGAUGACGCAACAGUGACCAAACAAUCUGACAAAGACAUUUAA